AAAAAAAUUUAAAAAAAAAAAAAAACAGAAAAAAACAACAACAACAAAAAAAAACCAACACUUUGUGAUUGGCUGGUUGAUAAGUACCAGUGUGUUCUGGCACAUGUAACUGCCCACGUGUGCUUGUUUCUGUGUGAGUGCGUGUGCACAUAUUCGUGUGUGUGCAUUUUUUCUCUCUAUAUAUAAUCUUGAAACGCUGCAUUGCUGAUGGUCUAUGGGCUGGCUGGCCAUCUGCGUGUCUUGCUUCUGAAAACAAGACAGGCAUGGUGGAGUCCCUGUGGCUGAAGCAGAAUCCAGUUGGGCUGGAUUAAAAUUUGUCAGUAAGUUUUUUUUAAAUUCAUUUUAGCAGGGUGCUAUCUCAAGUUUGCAGAUCAUACUGAAUGGGUAGUUGCUUCCUAGCCCUUGUUCUAACCCUGUGGUAGAGCAGAACACUGCCAUAUCCAAAGGAUUUGGUGAGAGGGGAGCCAAUGUUGUCUUUUGAGUAGCAGUGUAUUUAUUUAUUUAUGUCUGCAUGUGGGGUUUUUGUAUGGAGUGAACCCUAGAAUGUUUGUUAUAUAAUGCAAGCCAUUUUUUUUUCUUCUGAAGAGAGGAAAAGGGGAGGAAAGAAAACAUUGCCAUUUUUUGUGUGACAAGGAAGAAUGUUCUUACUCUCUUGCAAGCUUCAAAACCUUUAAAAAUAACAAAAGGAUAAGUUUCUUUUCUCCCCUAAACGCAUAAAUAAGCACCCAUAUUCAUUCUUGAAGAAUCCAUCAAAAGCUUGGAAGUCCAGCCCAACCAAAUUAGCCUUUCAAUUGAUUUACUGCUUGUUUUAAAACUGACAAAACUGAAAUUGUGUGUCAGCAAACCGCUGGCUGGCCUGCCUCAUCCCCUGAAAGCACAUGCAGCUGACUCCCUUCUGCGUCCUUCACGGUGAGCGUUACCUGUGCCAGGCCUCGGUGUAUUACAACGCCAGACCAUCACUGACAGAAACGUUUACUUACGAAUGUUCUUAAACCAGUGUGUACUUCAGACGUUUCCUUUUGUUUCUCUGUGUUGUGUUUUUUCCUGUGUACGUGGUUUUGCUUAGGGAGGUAUAUAACUAGCAAAGACUUUUUUUUUUUUAAAGUGUUGCACCUUUUUGUUUUUUGUUUUUACUUUUUCUGUACUGUUGCUUUUUAAUUUCUGUAUUUAAGGAAAGGUUUGGGGUUUUUUUAGCAUCAGUGUAAGUAGUACUCUGGGCAGGAUAGGGGUGACCUAUGUAAUCCACAGUGAUAGCCAGUGUGUGCGUGCAUGUGUGCGCUGGGAACAAAACUUCCGAGACUGCUUGUUGUGAAGAGCCGUAGCAGCCUUGAAGGAGCAUCUCUUUACACAAAACCAGAAGUCUUUCAGAGGAAGGCUGGGAAAAGGGGGAAGAGAGAUGCCGGUACUUCUCGUGUAAGCGCUAGCAUCCAUGUGGCGUUGUCUAGCCGUCGUACUGUCUAACAAAGUGCCGACGUUCAGUACCAGCAACUACCUGUCCAUUCCAACCCUCAGCGGGAGCAGUUCUCGGUUUUUAUUACCUGUCGGGGGGAGGAUAGGAGGGUCUCCAGCGUUUUCAUUGAAGGAUCCAACAGUGUCUAAUACAUUUAAGCAGGGCUUAGGUGGGGAGGAGCAGAAGCAGACUCAAGUAGGGUAGGGGUGCGUGUGUGUGCGUCUGGGUGCGUGUGCCUGUGGGUCGGGGCGGGGGGAAGGGCUGGGGAGUUUUGUGGUUUUUUUUCAAUUCUCCCUUUCUAUGUAAACCCAGUGUCACAAGGAUGACUGACUGAGGGAAAUGCUGCAUUUACACAUGCCUGUAGAUUUGUACACAAAGUGUUACGUGACAGAAAGUAUGAGUAGGUUUGUAUUUGCUUAGUAAACUGGAGUGUGCAGCAUACUCUGGCUCCGUUGGAAUAUACUUUUCUAUCACAUCUCCUUCAUCCCAGCAUGCACAAAGAUUUUCUCUUCCAGCUCCUGCUAGCUAGUGCCCCUCGCGUGCACGCAUCCUUAGAGCUUUGUUUCUGACGGUCUCCGCUCGAAGCCCAGCUGCGCUCCCACAGGCAGAGCAGGUUCUUAAAAGCCUUGUGCCAGCAGUUCUUCCUAGCGAAGCACCUUUGGCCCGAGUCAGCCAGUGCCCCUUCUCGCCCGUGGUUUGUUCUCCACGCUGGUUCAUCGCUGUGUGCCACCCUCACUUCUCUCUCCCAGCCUGCCCUAAGGUCCCUUUUCCUGCACUUUGGGUUAGUUGAGUUCAUUGCGAUACUACGGUGAAAGCCGGGUGCUAGAGCCCCUCUUGUUUACAAGACGUAAUGAGGGAUUUGAAAUAUUUAAAAAGAAAAGCUAAAUUGUUCUUCCAUUGUAAGCUUAAAGGGAAAAAAAAAUUAAAACAUACAAAAAAAAAAAAAGACCAAAAAGUGCAUAUAUAUAUUUUAGAUGAAGACUAACUCUGGGAGCAUUUAACAGUGUUUUUUGUUUUAAUUUUAACAUUUUAUUUUCCUGCUUUAAAUUUGCAAGCAUUCUCAGGAAUUCUAGGGUAGGAAGCCAGUUUUUUGAAGAUGGUUUAUUUAACCUUAUCCUAGAUAGUUGGCUGUUUCUUGUUGAUAAACUUUUACAAGUUCCUGAAUCUUCAAAAUGUUUGAAAGUUUUUACUUUAAAAUAAAAAAAGCUAAAAAAAUUAAUAAAAAGAAAAAGAAAAAAAAAUGAAAAAAAUCUCCAAAUGUUACUGUCAGACCGGGGGGGGUCAAGAAUUUUAAAGACUGAGUAAAUUAAAACACAUUAAGAGAACUUCUCAGUAUCAGCAACAGAAAUCUGUUGCGAUCUUAAGUUGUGGGAGAAGAAGGAUUCUCAUUUGUAGUGCUUUGGUACUCGUGCAGGCGUGUGCAUCUGCAUGGAAAAGAGAAGUGUGCGAAUGGAAAUCUAUUACUUUGUUCCCUUUCAAUUUGAAACUAAAAUAUUCUUCCAAGCACCUUUUUAAAAGCAAAGUGAAACUGUAAACCUAACAAAAACGCAGUAUAGUUUUGACUGAAAGAGUCCUCAGUGAGGAGUAGCAGCAGGAAAUACGUGAUGUUGCUUCUUUAAACCACUUCUAAGUAGUGCUAAAAACCAGUGCUGACAGAACGCCGAAGAAUGAAGUAGUUUUAUCCUGCCUUUCUCAGUACAGAAACAAAGGAGGCAGUGUGGAAAAACUGCAGUAAAAUGUACAUUAGAAAUCAACUUUCCUGUUUUCAGCUAUUUGGUCAGUUUUGUCCCCCAGUUGGAGAUCUGCUGCUUGCUUUUCUUACCCCCCAGCCCACCCUCAGUCUUUCUGUGUCGUUUCAUACGAGGGGAGUAGCUGGUACACUCUUCUGUUCACCCUAUUGCUGCUGGCUGUCGGGGCGAACAGUCUUGAGCUUCAGAGCUCGGUGCUGGGGUGCCUGAUUUCUGUCCCCCAGCUCUAAGGGUCAGGGGCUUGCUCCUCCUGAAAUGGCGAGACUCACACCACAGAAACCGCGCUAGUGCCUUUCUACGUGCACCCUACAGUAAGGGAAGGGAGGGGAGAUGAGGCAGUAUAGUCGCUUAACGGAAAUAAACGUACCCGUUCUUAGAGAAAAAAGAGCAUGCAGUGAGCCAUGCGAUGAGUUACAUAGCAGUAGUUGUUAAGAUAGCUUUUUACUAUUUAAAAAAGUCAGAUGCCAAAUUAAUGUCCUUUUCAUAUCAGUUGCCCGGUGUUUUUGUGUUGUGCUCUGUGUACAUACGAGUGUAUAUGUGUGUGUGUUGACUCUAAUGCAUCAACUAAUUUGGGAAAAAAGCAUAUAAUGGGCCAGUAGAGGAACGUUCAUUUAGGAUGUUAAAGAUUUUUUUUUUAGUUAUUAUUUAUAAGGAGAAAAAUUGAGGCUUUUUGGCCAGAGGCUGUUCGAAUUGGCAGUGUCCUAAAAAAGAGGAAGUCUUGGGCUUUGUUUGUCAAAUAGAGCCCAGGAUGGUGGCAGUCAUUUGGAAGUUGAAUUGUGCGUGCUGACGGGGUACAGGCUGGAGCUUCUGCCCUCAGCUGCGUCCAAGCCUCCACAGCAGUCUGCUCCAUUCCCUGAAGGUAGAGGCCUGCAAACGUUAGUGACCAUCUUCUCAGUGAUAGUUUUCCAGAACUGUUCUAGCAAAGCCACAUCAGUCUUACUGCUUUCCAGCCACAGGUGAUAGUUCAUUCCUCUCUGAAUUACGCAUAGCUGCCCGUGAUGCUGGCAUGGCUCGGUCCUGACAUUCCUAACCCCACUGCAAACUAUUUCUGAGCAUUGUGGUAACCACGCUCAUCUUCUGGGGACCACAGUUGCUCAAAUGUUGUAAAUACUCCGCUAUCAUUUGGGCUUGUAACAGUAAAAAGACAGCAGGAAUAGAUGUUAAGUAUUCGGGGGCUUUUACAACCAUUCCAGGGAAGGAAUUGGUGGCAGCAUCUUGUUUAAACUGUUGACAGAGAGUAGAGAGCAGGCACUGCGGAAGAGGCAUCUUGCUACGUCCUACACUGAAAAAUCAGUUUUACUGUCCAAAGCAACAGAGAAUACUUCUUCAUUUGUUCCUGGUUUUGAUUCUUAAGAUUAUACAGUUUAAAUAUAUAUGUACUUUGCAGGUGGUUUUGUAUGUGCUGCUUUUUCGUUUUGAAUCCUUCAGUGCUACAUUUUAGCAGUCUUCUAAACAAGUACGCAUUUGUUACUUCCACUUGGCUUGCCCUACCCUGCAGUGUGCAUCCAGCUUGGACUUUUUUCAUAGGUUUCUUGGUUCUUCAUCAGUUUGAGCAUUUCCUUUUAGCCAUAAGAAAGUCUAAUAAGCAAAACAAUAAAAAAUAAAAGACAAGCGGGUGCAGCUCAGAAAUCUGUGUGGAGACUUCUGAUGCUUAUUUUGGAAAGCAGGUUUAAUAUGUACGCUGGAAGACUUGCCAGUUUUCCCACUGUUUUUAUACUUCCCCGGACAUUUACCCAACAUUCUUGAGAGUGUCUUUGUUGUAGUUUUUUCCCAGUCGCAGGGUGUCAGGUUUUUCUUACAAGUUUUUUACUUUACUUCAGGUUAAAUGGCAUGUGUAGAGGGCAAGAAUAUUAAGCCAAGUGUGUAUUUUUCUUUGCAGUAUAAACACAGUUUCUCAACAGACUGUGUGGGAUAGCAGCGUCAGAGAUGAAAUAACAAUUGAACCUUUAUAUUAUGUUGGCUGCUUUUUUUUUUCCCCCUAACACUGAUUUCUAAACAUUUAGUCCUUAGAACUUUUUCCUUAAUCUUUUUUCUUCCUGAAAAUGCUGCCACAUCUUCCACUGUUUGUGUCUUGACAGUGCAUCCAAACAGGACCGUAAACUUUUUUUGAUUCUGCUUUUGCUUCAUUCUUUGUUAUGUUUACCUUGUAGGCUUCUAAAUUUGUUGAUGUGCAUGCUUUUCCUGUAGACAUUAAGAGGAGUACUGUGUUUCUGAGAUACCCACAUCUGGCCAAGACUGAUCCGGGAAAUCAGGAGUGAUCCUCACAUAAAUUAGUCCCGCUGACCUUAAGUGAGUGCAUACUGCUUAAGUAAGGGCUCUUUGUGUAAGUAAACUUCAGCUGGAUCAGGGUCCAGGUAGCAGAUGAGGACUUGUUACAUUUCCAAAGCAGCCAGCAGACCAGUGUUGCAUAUAUCGCAUUCACUGUAAAUUGUGUGACCUUAACAUACAGGUUUCUCAAGUGGAUUGAAAUGCUGUCUUUGCAGUAGAUGGUUAGCGUCUCAGGGUAUGAGUCCUGAUGAAGUGAAAGGUAGUUUCUUCCAUCUCUAUGGAAGAUAGGUUCCCCUACAGCAGGAGCAGCUUUCUUAUCUGUAAAUAUGCAUGCAUGUAUUUGUGGGCAGGAAAGUAAUACCAGGAAAACUAAGUUGAAUUAAAAGAAAAAUAAAUGCUCUUGAAAUGCAACUUUGCUCCUGAAACUGAAACAACAUAUGCAGAAUCUGUUGCUGUGACUAAAUUAAUUUUUGCACAAAAUACCAUUUCAGUUUUGUACAGUUUACUUCCUACAGUUUUACAGCGUCAGGAACCUCAUUGCCUGAUACUGCUAGAUCAUAUCAGUCAGUCCUGCUGUGAUCAAAAUACAGAUGUCUAAAGCCCAAAUUAUCUUCCUUUUCCUUCACCAUUACUGGGCUUCCCAACAUGGAAGAAGGCUGUUAGCAGUAACGGGAAAAUCUGUAAACCUUCCGUGAUGUUGACAAACCCUGCUUCCCUGUUGCGCUGAAUUCACAUCCAAGCUUAAAGUGCAAACCCGUAAGUGUUGCUGGAGCAGAGCUGUUGGUUGGACUAGAGGGCAGCAGUCUAACUGGAGAUUACUGGUUGUCUCGCAUGUUUGUGUCCCUCACAAUAUUUCCCUUAAGUGUCCUGUCACUGUAAACACCAGUGUUGCUGAAUUUUACCAAAGUUCCCCUGCAGUGGAUAAUAGAAAACAGCUAGGUCCAUCUUGUAGUGGCUUUCUCCAAACAGAGCUUUGUCUACAGUAGGAUUCAAGUGUACGACUACACUGCUGUUAAAUCUGAGUCAGGGUCCUGUUAAAAUAUAGCUCUCUAUUUCAUGGUGUAUGUGGAACUUUAAAACUUGUGUCAUAGUGACUGACUAUAGCUUUUUAAUCCUUAUAUGAGAACUGAUUAAAGAUUUCAUCUGUGAUGCAAAAAAGCGCCGCAGUUCCUGAUGGAGCCUAUUUUAACUGUCGUCAGGCCAAGAUAGGUACAGCUUCAUCAGUGGCUUGCAGCAUACGGAAUCCAUUCCCAUCCACGGUUUGUGUGUGUGUCUUCAUUGAGCUAUGCAGGAAAGUUUCUCUCCAAAAAUCUCCCAGGAUCCAGUGCUAUAUAAGCAAGAUUCUAGCAAAUCAAGUGCCCUCUGCAAAGAGCCAUUUUCACCGUGUAUGUGUGACAGCUGGGACUGGUGACAUUCCGCAGUGUUGGGGCUCCUGCUAACUUUGUUGUGAGAAAGGGAGUUUUUUGACUCUGACAGCCUUUCUGUGCAUGAAUAUGGAGCACUCUGGGUGGGAAAAAGCAAAGAAUGCAUUGUGCUGGCCAGCAUUAAGUAUUUUUGCAGCAAACAUUCUUGGUGGUGGUGGACAGAGGGGGAAAGACUGGAGAAGUCAUCAUGGAUGCUCAAUACAAACAGGCAGUGCUUAGCAAGAGAUGUCUCCUUGAGCACUAAAUGCCUCCUCUUGGGUAUUAGUGUGCAUAGUUGCAUUUGCAGAACUCAUUUCCUCCUUGUUUUAAACUUACCUUUUUUUAAACUGAGAUAAAGUGGAAGCUUUUCCUGCUACAGAUGACACACAACCAUAAGUGAACAUUUUCUUCACCAUCUGCUGUUGAGCAGUAAGAGCAGGUUACACAGCUUGCUAGAAAAGCGAUUUUUGUGACAUGGAUAUGAUAUUACGUGCUUUCUUUCCCCUCCCUCUCCCUGCCGGAUAUGGCUUACCCUUUCUAUAUAAGGCACUGAGUGUGUUUUUUUGUUUUUUGUUUUGUUUUGUUUUGUUUUGGAGAUGCGUGGAGAAGAAGCAAAAUGAAGUGAAAAUGCAAGCCAAGGUAGAACAGCCUUACUUUAGGGGGUAGCCUUACAACAGAGCUUUAUAGUGAGUGUGCUGUAUUCCAAAAUAUGUAAGCCAAAAACAAACAAAAAGCAUUCAUUUAUGCAAAAAAAAAAAUUAAAAAGAGGUGUUGGAAGACUUCUUUAAUAUGUACCUUCUAAAGGUAGAGUAAGGUCUCACCGAGUGAUACGUUAUUGUGAUACUUCUUGCUGGGUCAGUAGGGAUGGGUUGGGGUAUAAGCGCUUAAUGUUUUCCUCCUUGUAUGUUUUUACAAGCAGUAAGAUAAAUGUGGUAUUUAUGAAUGUGCCUUUGUGAGUAUGGUGACUGUCUAGCUGAGGAGACCUCUUGGGCUGAAGGGGAGACAAUGGUCAGUUUAAUCUUUCAGGAGGUCAGAUGUUGAGAUUCCAGCCCACUGGUCCCUUCGGGCAAGCAGCAUCUUUGGGCUGGUCUCUACACUGCACAAUACGUAUUCUUAUGUGGUAGAGAUCGGGGUAGGGGGUGAGAAGGGCCGUCGUGUGAUGCACAGAAGCUGUUGCUAGUUUUAGGCUAGUCUGGUGUUGCAGGUUGAGUUUGUAUAUGUUUUAUGUGGCUUCUCUUUAUGUUGGUGUGCAUGAGUGUGAGUGUGUGUGGCUUUAUCUUUUGUAAGCACUGGAGAAUUGAAACACAGUGAUGUUUGAGACAAAUUUAUACAUGUAGAGAAGAUGAUGUAGCUUCUGUUAGAUAGUGGGUGCAGGCACACUUUUACCCUCUCUGUCCGUGUCCUGAUGAGAGAAACAGGAAAAUUUAUUUUUUUCAACCCGUCAACUUCCAGCACACGUUGCCAUUUAAAUGAACAGGGUAUUACACAAGAAGAAAGAAGAGUUUUUGAAAUGGUGAGGUAGAAGUGUUUAAAAGGAAAAAAAAUUGAAGUAAUUUUUUGUUUCUUCGAAGCUGUUUGUAGCUAAACAUGGGAAUCUGCAGUGUCUCCUUCCAUUUGUUUUUUUCUGAUGUUCACCUCUUCAUCCCACCCAAAAUGAGGUGUACGAGAUCAAGAGCUGUUGCUGUAGCCCCUCGUAAUUCCCACCCCGAAAAGAAACUCCAGUGGGAUCCCUCAGCUCUAUUCAGGAAGACAAAAGAGAGGAGAGACUCUGCAGUUUUCUUUGCUUCGCUCUCAUUCCUCUCUAAUGGCCUUGAAAUGUAUUAUUAUGCAAAUGUGAAUUUUGAUACUGAACUUAAGAAGAGGUUGUUUGUUCUUUUUUCAAAAAAAAAAAAAAGGUCCCAUAUGUGGUCAGCAUCGCUUCUUUAUUUUGUAAGUGAAUUGUAAACUAUGCAUUCUGCAAAGGGGGCGUAGGGGACAGAGAUAGCUUUGCUAAACUGUUCAGGAGUUUCUGUGUCCAUGGUAUAUCCGUUACAGUUUGGGGGAGUGGGGAAGUGAUCACUUUGAAAGAAGGAGUUAUAAAACCUUUUCAGAAUUUGGCAGCUGGACAGAGAUUUGGAAAACCAAGGUAGAAUGCAAAAAAAAAAAAAAAAAUCCACUCUAAACCUUCUGCAGGAUUGUGAAUUGUAGCCAUGCAGUGUUAACCCAGGGCCAGUAGGGUGAAUGGGACACCAGCUCUACCUGGGGAACAAUCCACCACCUCCUGCGUUCUGGCCCCGGUCAAGCUCAGGAAACACAGCGCCAUAGGCGCUGGCUCUUUUGGAUUUACUACUUGCUUUCCAUUACAGCAGUCUUGCACUCUCCCAGGAGAAUCAGAACACAGCUGGUCUGUCUGUUUACACCCGCUUUUCCCUAAAAUUUUCAUCGCUGCUGCUUCUGGCACAGCUGAAAUAGUGGCAGCACAGCUACGGACAAGACAGUGGAGGUGGUACUUCUUCCUAGUGCUGAUCAAAGCAUCUGCCAGUGCUUUGUCUUCUGGUGUUACCAUGUGUGAUUUAGCAUUAAUGUUGGCAUUAGAUGAAGUUUUGGGGAAUGUAGGCUAAUGUGUAGACUAGGCUUUCUAUUUGAAAGAGAAGAUCUUUAUUAAGUAGUUGGUAUCAUAAUGGGCAAAAAAUGAUUUACUUCCUCACGUCUCCAAAAUGCAGUCAUUGCGAAUUGCACGUGUUCCAUGAAGCUUGCUGAGCUUCUAGGGGCAAUCUUCUCAGAAAAACGUAGAUCUCACUGCCCUCUUCAUCAUCUUGAUAGGGACCCUUUGUUGACUUGACCUUCUCCUUUGUCCAUGGUACCAUGGUACCUGCAUUAUUCUUGGCAUUAUCUUAGAUGUAAUAUCAUAUACCGAGAGAUUGUCCUGCCUGUAUUCAGUGUUUUCAUGCAGCAAUUUUAUUUUUGUUGACGUUCACAGUACUGUAAUAAGUAAUAGACUUGAUGAUCACUCACAUCUGUGCCUGCCUUGCAGAUGUGAUCUUAUCAGGGUUCCACUCUGUCAGAUUGCCUUUAAAAAUAUAUAUAUGAAAAAAAGUGAAAAAAAAAUCUGAAGUUUAAACUCGCUCACAAAAAUACCUCGUGGUACAUUUCCCCUUCUCAUGUAACCAUUCAAAUCUUACCUUUUCUUCUAAGCUCGAUGGGUUUUUAUUUCCAUCUGUUAUCUCCUUUUCGGAAAAAUGUUUGGACUGUUGGUUUUGAGCACAGGACCAGAAGCCUGGAACUCCUGAACUGUAACAUCGGCCCUUAUUCUUCCCUCUUUGGCCAUGGGCAAGUCGUUUAACUUCUUUGCCUUUGUUUUUUCAUCUGUAAAACAGGGGUGAUAAUAAUACUUACCUACCUCACAGGGGUUUUGUGAGGAUCAACUAGUACAUGUUUGUAAUGUGCUUUAAAGAUUAAAAGCAUGAUAGAAGUAUUAAGAGUUUUUACAGCAAGGUAGUUCAUUCUUUUUACAUUUUUUUUGCUUGUGUGGAGGGAGAGAUCCUAUGACACUGUCUGUGAUAAAGCCAUUAGACACUCAGAUCCUAAAUAACAGAAGUCAGUGGAGGUUCAGUUACUCGUGUUCGUCCUCUCUUCAUGCCAGUUUCCUCCUGCUGCUCUUGUAGGGUUAUGCCAGGUUUGCUACAGGUCACACGUCUCUAGUUAUACUUCUGGAUAAACCUUUGAACUUGAAGUACUUGAGCUUGCUGCUUCUUUCACCAGAUCUCCAAGAUGGAAUCAGUUUGUGUACUUCUCCCUCCCUUUCAGUAGAGGUUUUGUUCAUGUCAUUGUUCAAGUGGGCACAUCUCUUGCCAUUGUGAAGGGGAGGCCGUGGCCUGCGGUCGGAGAGAGGGGCCGUCGCAUGGAGAACCAUGCCACCUUAUGCUGCUCCAUGAACAAAGGGCAGAGUAGCUUCCCGUUGCCUUCCCCAAAUUAAUCUCUCAGUGUGUUCAUCGGUGACACUUUAAGCAGUGUCUCUCUCGGCCCGCAAUACCCAGAAGCCAUCUCCAGCCGGUAGGAGACAGGAUUGGAGGGAGUGGCCCUCGUACCACAAGGGCGGUGGGGUGGGGCCUGCGGCGGUCAGGGAGCCUUGCUGCUUUCUCCCUUCUCCAACCAUGUGGAUGCACGUCUCUGGGAUGUGCGUUUGGGCCUUUGAGAGCCUGGCCUUUGAGAUGCCAAGGAGAUGGUGUCUGUGAAACCUCCUGUCUGACACUGCCUGGUUCUUUCUGUGCUGCGCUGCGACCCAUGGCCUUAGGGACCUCUCUCCACUCUCGCAGUGUGCCAUCCUCUCCAUCUCUGCCAGACCUUGAGGCAAGAUGCAGCGCUUCUGCAGAGAAAGGAGCUGAAGUGAUGCGCGUGCACCCACAGGGUUUCCAUACACGUAUCUUGCAUUUCUGUCGGGCGCACGCAGAGCAUCUGCUACGCGAUGCUGUUCCUUUCUCAGACAGAAACCAGAACAAACAGCAGCACGACUGCUGAUGGCGACCCUGCCGUGUUUACUUUGAAUCCAAGGUUAGCUAUUUUCCCUCAGAACCAAAAAAAAAAAAACCCUUCUAACAAAGUAACCAAAUGUAAUCUUCCAGAAGGAGGGAGGGAGGAGAGGCAGUGGUGGGAGCGCUCUGAUCUAUCCUCGUCUCCGCCGCUCGGCUGGAGAUGCGAAAUGCUGCUUUCAGUUCCACAAACGUGAGGGAUUAUGUUUACAAAGGUCAAUGCCUUCUACCUGUUCAGGAAACUGGCUGACAGUGGGCAUCAGGUGUCUGGCGAGCUUCUCCUCGCUGCAGACGAGCGGUGGGAGAAGGUGUGUUGAGGAGAGGAGUGGGAAAUAGGUUCAUUUCAUCUGUCUUGUCAGCAGAGCAGUGCCACCUUCCUCUCUUCAGGAAAAUAAAAUUAAAAAAAAAAGGCAUAAUGAAGGGAGGAGGUUGCAGAGCAGAAAUCGGUGAUGUCCGAACUGGCUGGAUGAGAAAAGGCAGCUUUUCUACUUUGCACAUAACUAGGUAACAGGAAGGUACAGCUCAGUCCUCUUGCCUGAAACACUGUCCCCCAGCAGCAGACAUCGUAAUAAUAAAAAUAGUGGCUGUGUAUAUUGAUGCUAUUUGCAAGUUACCUGUAAGUGUUUUUGGUUGUGUUUGAGUUUUGUUUUGUUUUGGUUUUUUUUUCUUAUACUUGAAACAGCUUCCUUUGCUCAGCUCUCACCGUCGCUCUGGUUCUCCUCUCCUUCUCCCACGUGCAGUAACGAGAGCAGAGGCAGGGCAGGGGGACGCAGUGGGGAUGGAUGGCACAGGGUCCACCACCCAGGGCCGGAUCUGCCCCAUCCGCACGCUCCCAGGCACCACACUUCCUUCCGAAGGGUUCUCCAUGGACACAGAAACUCAGCACUUUAGCAGGUGCUCUUGUACGGCUGGCUGCCCCCCCCUUCUCCUCCUUUCCUAUAUUUUUAUUUUACUUUUAGUAUAGUGGUACUUAAAAUCACUGGUUCACUUAAAAAAAAAAAAAAAGAAAAAAAAAACCAACAACAAUAAAAUGUUUAAACUCUACUAAUGUACAAAUAAGCUGAAAUGUUGCAUUUUAUGUGUAUUUUUGCCAUAGCAGGUACUGUAUUUCUCAUGCUGGAUUUAGAAAAAAAAGAAAAAAAAAGAAAAAAAAGGAAAAAAAAAAAAAGAAAAAGCAAACAAAAAGGGUGAUGUUUUAUUGGAGUGUGACAAGUUAAGAGUAAUAAGGAAAUAAGUCGUCGUCAUUUCAUUGAAACUGAGAGAUGGUGUAAUACAUAUAUAAGUUUUCUGAAGGUUUUUUUGGGCUUUUAAACAGCUUUUUUUUUGUUUCGUUUUUAUUUUAUUUUUAUUUUUUUGAAAGAUAUGAUUGUAUUAUGUGCAACUCAGUUGCUUACAUUAUAACUACAAAAUAUUUUUGGGUUCCUGGAAAAAAAGAAAGAAAAAAAAAAGAAAAAAAAAGAAAAAGACUAAUAAAUGUGUUUGGCUGCUAAGCAUUUAAUCCUCUGCCUUCCCGCGCGUUUUCUUUGCUCCCCGCGCUGCGGCCUCCGCCCGACGGGGGCGCUGUCUGCCUCCCGCUCCCUCCCACCCGGGGCGCUGCGUUGGGGGCGGGGAGUCGUGGCGAGGCGGAGCUCCCGCCCUUUAUCCCCCCGCUGCCGGCGGCGCGCGGCCCCUCUCUCCCUUCCGCCGCGCCGCUGUCAUGGCGACCCCCUGCGCCGAGGAGGACCCUCUGGCCCGCUACCGCUCUCCGCUGGUGUCGCGGUAUGCCAGCGCCGAGAUGGGCUUCAACUUCAGCGAGAGGAAGAAGUUCGGCACCUGGCGUCGCCUCUGGCUCUACCUCGCCCAGGCCGAGAAGUCACUUGGGCUUCCCAUCACAGAUGAGCAGAUAAAGGAGAUGGAAGCAAACCUGGACAACAUUGACUUCAAGAUGGCAGCGGAAGAAGAGAAGAAGCUGCGCCAUGAUGUGAUGGCACACGUUCACACCUUUGCCCACUGCUGUCCCAAAGCGGCAGCCAUCAUUCACCUUGGAGCAACUUCCUGUUACGUAGGGGAUAAUACGGAUCUGAUUGUCCUCCGAGAUGGGUUUAACUUGCUGCUACCCAAGCUCGCAAGGGUGAUCAGCCGGCUGGCCGACUUUGCUGAGACACACGCUGACCUGCCUACCUUGGGCUUCACUCACUACCAACCUGCACAACUCACCACUGUGGGGAAACGCUGCUGCUUGUGGAUCCAAGACUUGUGCAUGGACCUGCGGAACCUGGAGCGAGCUCGGGACGACCUGCGCUUUCGGGGUGUGAAAGGCACCACUGGCACUCAAGCCAGCUUCUUGCAGCUCUUUGAGGGAGACCACAGUAAAGUUGAAGAGCUGGACAGAUUAGUGACUGCAAAGGCAGGAUUUAAGCGAUCUUACAUGGUCACGGGGCAGACCUAUAGUCGCAAGGUGGAUAUUGAAGUCCUCUCUGUACUGGCCAGUCUGGGGGCAUCUGUUCACAAGAUUUGUACUGACAUUCGUCUCUUGGCCAACCUGAAGGAGAUAGAGGAGCCCUUUGAGAAAGACCAGAUUGGUUCAAGCGCCAUGCCCUACAAGAGGAAUCCAAUGCGCUCAGAGCGGUGCUGCAGCCUGGCUCGACACCUGAUGACUCUGGUCCUGGAUCCCCUCCAAACAGCUUCUGUGCAGUGGUUUGAGCGAACGUUGGAUGACAGUGCUAACAGGCGCGUGUGCCUGGCUGAGGCUUUUCUUACAGCUGAUAUCAUCCUGAGUACGCUGCAGAAUAUCUCCGAGGGACUCGUAGUGUAUCCAAAGGUGAUAGACAGGAGGAUCCGGCAGGAGCUGCCUUUCAUGGCCACGGAGAAUAUCAUCAUGGCGAUGGUGAAAGCAGGGGGCAAUCGCCAGGAUUGCCAUGAGAAGAUCCGUGUUCUCUCCCAGCAAGCAGCUGCUGUUGUGAAACAGGAGGGGGGUGAUAAUGACUUCAUUGCCCGUGUCCGUGCUGAUCCUUACUUCAGCCCCAUCCAUGAACACCUUGACAGCCUUUUGGAUCCUUCAUCCUUCACUGGACGUGCUCCUCAGCAGGUGGCAAAGUUCCUAAAGGAGGAAGUUCGACCGGCACUGAUUCCAUACCAAAGCAAGAUGGGUGGGAAAAUUGAGCUGACACUGUAGGCAUAUGCAGCAAAGGCAUCUGGGUACAGAAAAAUAAUAAAAGGCUUAUUGAACCAA